CCGCCCACGACGCGCCGCCGCACGCGCGUGCGCAGUGCCCGCGGGGGCGACCAGGGGUCAGGACGGCGCAGGGCCCGCGGGGCAGGACCGGCCAUGGCAGCGCUGCGACUGCUGUACCAGGCUGCCCGUGCAGGCCCCCUGGCCCCACUGGGCUCCCUGCGCCCGCUCAGCACCAGCACCCCCAGGGACUGUUACAAGUACGUCAACAUGCGGGAGCCGGCCAUGGACAUGCGAUCCAUCACCGACCGCGCCGCCCAGACCCUGCUCUGGACCGAGCUCGUCCGCGGCCUGGCCAUGACCCUGAGCUACCUUUUCCGCGAGCCGGCCACCAUCAAUUACCCGUUUGAGAAGGGCCCGCUGAGCCCGCGGUUCCGCGGGGAGCACGCGCUGCGCCGCUACCCGUCCGGGGAGGAGCGCUGCAUCGCCUGCAAGCUCUGCGAGGCCGUGUGCCCGGCACAGGCCAUCACCAUCGAGGCCGAGCCCCGCGCCGACGGCAGCCGCCGCACCACGCGCUACGACAUCGACAUGACCAAGUGCAUCUACUGCGGGUUCUGCCAGGAGGCCUGUCCCGUGGAUGCCAUCGUGGAGGGCCCCAACUUCGAGUUCUCGACGGAGACGCACGAGGAGCUGCUCUACAACAAGGAGAAGCUGCUCAACAACGGCGACAAGUGGGAGGCCGAGAUCGCAGCCAACAUCCAGGCUGAUUACCUGUACCGGUGACGGGCCCCUCCCGCCCCCCAAAUAAAGUGUUUGGGGGUUCUCCCCCUCUGCUGGCACUGUGGGUGCCAGCCCCUUCCCAUAA